UACGAGUUCCUGAUCCGAGCGGUGCGGUCUCUGAACAGCCUGAAUGACCAGAUCGCCCACCUCAUGCUGAGCCGGCCGCACUCUCUGGACCAGGAGGAGACGGCCUUUCUGCCCAGCGAGAGACAGAGCCUGCACCAGUCUAUGGGCCUUAUGAGACACCUGCUAAUGGACGCCCAGAGCAAGAUCCUGAAGAUGAUGGAGGACAAUAAGCAGCUGGCUCAGCGGAUCGACGCGGCCGUCCAGUCGGCCAGUCAGGAGGUCAGCAACCUGCGCUCCGAACUGACCGCUACCAGCCGCCGCCUCGCACAGCUGGGCGCCACGGAAACCACCGCCAACGCCACCGACAACAGCCCUACACACACCUCCUCCCACGACUCGUUGGGUCAUGCCCGCCAGAAGCCGGUGACUGACCUCUGCUACAGGAGUGACAUCAGCAGCUUCAUGGACUUUGGGUCACCUGAUGCCUCAUUGGAUAAAGUGCUCCUGCGUGAGGAGGUGGUGGCGUUGCAGGAGGAGGUGUCCCUGCUGAAGCAGAUGAAGGAGAUGCUGAGUAAGGACCUGGAGGAGGCGCACGGGGGCUCCGCCGAACUCCUCUCCGCCACGGAGCUCAGAGUGCAGCUCACACACAAGGAGCAGGAGCUGGACCGCGCCAGGGAGGCCCUGCAAGCCAUGAAGGCGGACCGUAAGCGUCUGAAGGUGGAGAAGGCCGACCUGGUGAACCAGAUGCAGCAGCUGUACACCACCCUGGAGAGCAGAGAGGAGCAGCUCCGGGACUUCAUCAGGAACUACGAACAGCACAGGAAGGAGAGUGAGGAUGCGGUGAAGACCCUGGCGAAGGAGAAGGAUCAGCUGGAGCGGGAGAAGUGGGAUCUGCGGCGGCAGGCCAAGGAGGCCACGGAACACGCCGGAAUCCUGCGCUCCCAACUGGACCUGAGGGAGAACAGGAUCAAGGAGCUGGAGGCCGAGCUUACCAUGAUGGGUAGCCUAAUGGCGCAGCGCGUGGAGAGCAGGGCGCUAAGUCGCUCGGUGGAGCGCCAGGGUUCGCCCAGGGCCAUGUCGGCAAAGCAGUCUCUUGCCACUCUCACAAAGGAUGUUCCCAAACGACACUCUCUCGCCAUGCCAACAGAAGCUGUCGUCAAUGGCAACCAGGAGUGGGUGAUGCAGGCUGACUUGCCAUUGACCGCAGCCAUCCGACAGAGCCAACAAACCCUCUACCAUGCACACACAUAUACUGUGGACCGACCAGCUGCGGUGCGUGUGAGUCCCUGUCACUCACGGCAACCAUCGGUCAUCUCCGACGCCUCCGCCAUGGAGGCUGACCGCUCCUCCACGCCCAGCGACAUCAACUCUCCGCGACACCGCACACACUCUCUCUGCAACUCCCUGGAGGACCUGGACGAGCAGAAGCGUAAGAAGAAGAAGGAGAAGAUGGGGCUGGGCUCGCUGUCGCGGGUGUUCGCGCGGGGCAAGCAGCGCAAGUCCAUGGACCCCGGCCUGUUCGACGACUCAGACAGUCUGUCCAGCCCCACCCGCCUGAGUCUCAGCCUAUCGGACGGGGAGGAGCAUCAGCUGGACCGCCUCCAGCAGGUGGCGCUAGCGAGGGCCAUGCCCAUGUCGCAGUGGAGGGCCGGCACAGUGCAGGCGUGGCUGGAGGUCGUCAUGGCGAUGCCCAUGUACCAGCGCGCCUGCUCUGAGAACGUCAAGAGUGGCAAGGUGCUGUUGAGUCUGUCUGAUGAAGAUCUGGAGGUGGGGUUGGGAGUUAGCAGCUCAAUGCAUCGUAGGAAACUACGGCUCGCCAUCGAGGACUACAGAGAGGCCGAGAGUGGACGAGGGCUGUCGCGUGCGUCGGAGCUGGACCACCACUGGGUGGCGAAGGCGUGGCUGAGUGACGUGGGGCUGCCGCAGUACUCACAGGCCUUCCACACACACCUGGUGGACGGGCGCGUGUUGUGCUCGCUCACGCGCAGGGACCUGGACAAGUACCUCAGCGUCUCCAAGAAAACACACCAGCUCAGCCUAAUGCUGGGCAUAGAGUUGCUGCACGCACUGGGCUUUGAUAAGGAGAUUCUGCAGGCGAGGAGGGCGCAGUGUGAACAUCAGAACCUGGAUCCUCUGGUCUGGACGUGUCCACGUGUCAUGAAGUGGAUCAGAGACAUCGACUUGAAGGAGUACUCAGAGAGCUUGGUGAACAGUGGGAUCCACGGCGCCGUCAUGGUUCUGGAUCCCUCCUUCAGCAUCGAGACCAUGGCAACCACACUGGGUAUCCCAGGCAACAAGCAGAUGGUCCGACGCCACCUUAGUGAGGAGAUGAAGGCCCUUCUCGCACCAGUCAGGUCAGCUCUUCAGCAUGAUAUGAUGAUUGAGCGAUUGGGAACGCCCCCAUCCUCUCGCCAGAGCUCAUUGGCUCGUUCACACACUUCCUCCACACGCUAUCCUGAUGAUGACCUGUCUCUUAGGAGACGAGCUGUCAAGCCUCCGCUAGGUUUCAGUGCAAAAGCUCUCAGUGGGCGGGACUUAAGUUACCAUGGCAGCUGUGCGUCGCUGCGUGGUGACGGACAGGAGGUGUCCCCGCCCCGGAAUACAGGAAGUCCCGCCCACAGUCCAGCCCACAGCCACUCAGGCAUAGAGGUCACCAAUGUCUGAGAAUCCCAUGGAGUUCACACACACACACACACACACACACACACACACACUUACUGAGAGGAUACUCAGACUCGUAUCAAUCCCCAUAGACUGGCUUGUUAGCAAUCCGCACGUGCACACACUCACACACUCUCUCUCUCUAACACACACACACACACACACACACACACACACUCUGAGUAUAGUCAUGCCUACUCUAUACGUAAGUGGCCAUUCUCCCAGGCCGGGGAUGCCUGUGUGUUUAUUUGAUCUGUAUUUUGUUUGUGUUGUUCUAAUGGACGAUGGCCUUUUAUGGUGAAAAUGCACUUUCUGGCAGGAUGUCCUCUCUGUGCUGUUAGCGCCCUGUGGGACGGACCUCUGCUGAGAGAGACUCACUCUGCUGGGACACGGGAGCUCCUCAAAGCCCUGACACACACACCUUCACACACCUGAUACAGACACCUUCACACACCUAACAUACCUCAACACACCUGACACAGACACCUUCACACACCUCCAUACCUGACACAGACACCUUCACACAUCUCAACACACCUUCACACAUCUCAACACUCCUUCACACAACUGAGACAGACACCUUCACACACCUAAAACACCUCAACACACCUGACACAGACACCUUCACACACCUCCAUACCUGACACAGACACCUUCACAUAUCUCAACACUCCUUCACACACCUCAACAGACACCUUCACACGUCUGACACAGACACUUUCACACACCUGAAACAGACACUUCCACACACCUCAUGUCCCUGACACUUUGUGACCUUCAGGUGACCUUCAGACGACUUUCAGGUGACCUUCAGAUGACUUUCAGGUGACCUGAGGGAUUUUAAAAAGGCAUCAUGGGGACUUUACAGAGGUUUACCAAACCAUUAGGAGCCCCUGGAGAGAGGCCAGGGAAACCCUAAAGCAUUAGGAGCCCCUGGAGAGAGGCCAGGGAAACCCUAAAGCAUUAGGAGCCCCUGGAGAGAGGCCAGGGAAACCCCUGGACGUCUUUCAAGACCACUGGAGGACCUCAGACUGACUUCCCUGAAGCCAAGAAAUGUCAUCAACAACUCUGAGAAAGUUCCCAAAGUUGAUGGAGACACUGAGAGUGCAGAGGCAUGUCUCUGAGAGACUUGAUGGAGAGACUUCAAGGCGCUCUGCUCGUCCUGUUGGGACCGGCGGGAUGAGAUAAAUAAACAACUGCGUAAAUCAAUAA